UGAUCUUUUUCCCAUGGACAAGUGAUGCCUAUGAAACUAAACCCAUCUACACCUUUAAGUUGAACUCCAAAUAUCUUCACCUAAUACAUAAUUCCCUUCACCUUACUCAAUAUUCUCAUGAUUUCAGAACUUCAUUUUACAUACAUGGUGAUUUUUCGUCUUGAAUUCAAAUUUGUCAGGCUGAUUAAAAACACUCUCCUCUGUGGAGUGUCAAGUUUACAAAACAUAUAUUGGGCCUUUUCAGUAGGUUAAGCCAAAUGUUUCAUAUUUGUUGAGGUGCAAUUUUGUGAACAGGGCCUGAGUCGGUUUUAUUUCUUGUUUGGCGGCACGGCGGACGACUGCUGAGCACAUCUGCCUCCGAGGACUCCAAAUGACCCUGGGGUGUGAAUCUGUGCACGAACGGUUGUUUGUUUCUAUGUGCCCUGCGAUGGGCUGGCGACCAGUUCAGGGCGUACCCCGCGCCUCCUGCCCGGAGGUAGCUGGGAUAGGCUUUUUUUUUGGUUCACAAUGAAAGGACCUUUUGAAUAAUAUGCUCACUUUCAUUUGUCACGCGUUAGCAUGGUUGACUUGUUAAAACGACCCCUUUGCUGCCAAACGCCCAUGCCUUUAUGGGCUUCGCUUGGGGCAUUCGUGCACGGGAAGAAAUGUUUGCACAAAAUCGGGAGCGUGGUCCAAAAUGUUGGCCUUUCAGUUCCAGAGAAAAGAACUGGAAGGAAUGCUUGAGCUUAGUGUAUCAGGAGAUCAGGGGAGGGCUGUCACUUCGGCUCAAAUGCGAGUCAAGGUGGAUGAUUGCUGCCCUUGUUUUUCUAAUUUUGGUUGCCGGCACAAACUACGGCACGCUCUCGUUUGCGUGCCACGGUCUUCACGUCUACGGAGCCCGGCUCAAGAAGUACCGCAACGUGGACCUGUGGCUCCUUCGCAUACUGGUUCAGAACGGCGUGAUGAUCUACGCAACGUGGACGACCAUCGCCACGCUCAUCAACUUGGCCAUUGUGUUGACCUAUGAAGCAAACCUUUCCCCGACAAAUGCUGCCAGCGUGUCCUAUUGUGUCUUGACAGUGGUGCUGCUCGUUUGGUUUUUCCUGCAAAACGUCGUCCUGGACGAGCACAUGCGCUACGUCCUCGUUGACUACCCAGUUGUCAUCUGGGCACUGGCGGGAAACUUCGAUAAAAACUACAAUGCCGAAUCGCUCAGCCGUAGCGCCAUCUUUAUUGUUGUGCUGCUCACGGCGGCGUCGCUGCUGUACGCGGUCCGCCUCGUCCUCGUGUUUUGGCGCCACCGCAAGCAGCCGUUCUACAACGGCGCCGUCCCGGAGCCCACGGAUCCCGUGGAGACUUCCCGGCGGCUAAAAUGGAUGCUCAGAUGAACGCUCAUGUUAUAUCAUUUCAUUUUUUUUUGUUAGCCUCACGUGGACAAAUGAUGCAUUUUUACAUAAAGUGUUAAUAAUUUACACAAGGUGUCUCAAUUUAUUAUGCGCUUGCUCUCUGACUGACUGAUCUCUGAACAUUUUAUAGUGCCUCCACGCUGAUUAUAACAUCACAGACCUCAUCUGGA